CUUCGAGAUACCACUCUAUUCGAGGAGUCCUUCUCUAUGGAUGUGUUCGGCGAAUACGUGUUUUGGUCUAAUUAUGAGAAGAAUACGGUGUUUAAGACUCAUAGAUCCGGCGCUAACGGCACCGAGAAGUUGGCAUUGGUUACGGCGAGCACUGACAUAGAGGGUAUACGGGUGUUGGACCGGUCCAGACAACCUGCCGGUGCCAACCGGUGCGAGAAUAGCAACUGUUUCCAACUCUGUUUGCCCGCCGGCCGAGACUACCGGUGCGUUUGUUCAAAGGAUUCUGUCGGCGAUUGUAUAGAAAAUACACCAAUCCAUUUGAUAAAUCCGAGCGCAUAUCACAGCCCAGUCAUCGAUACUGACAACCAUUUUAUGCAGAAUUUGUCACUAAAAUUGGAUUCAUUGCUGAAGAGUACGGAUCAGUUGACCGGUGGUGGUAGUGGUGGCGGUUCGCCCACCCAUUGGGUGAUCAUUACGUUGAUAUCCAUAACUAUUUUUGGAGGCAUAAUAUCGUUCAGGAAUAAUGGGGAGAGAAUUAUGCUUGAUGAAAGUUCCCUGAAUGGUGAUUUAUGAAUAACCUGGGUUGUUGUUCAAUAUAUUUUAUCUCAAUAU